GCCAGCGAAUUCGAAACCCUGGAAGUCCGUGUUUCUGGUCCCUUCUCCUUGUGAGCGCUCACACUCUCGCUAGAGGACAAGGGCGGCCCGUGAGCAGCUGCAGCACAUCAGCCUCAGAGUUUGGAGUGUUUCUUUGUUUUGUGGAGUACCUGAGAGUGUCCCUUCUCCAAAACCACCAUGAAAGCCACCGUGUUCUUCAUUCUCUUGACUGUUUUGGCUCGUUCAAGAGGCCAGUACCACUAUCAGGGCCUGAUGAAUUACUUGGAAAACAGGAUGCUUGCUAUGGAGGAACGCAUUGCCUUGUGGCAUGAACAGAACAACCGCUACAACUCCGACCUGAAGGAAUUCAGGCAGCAGGCCGCAGACCUGUUGGAGAAGUUGAGUAAGGAGCACACCAAACUACGUUCAGACAUGGAGGGUGCGGGAGCAAGGGUAGACCGGGUGGAGCGUGAGAUGGACUACAUUGAAACCAAAAAUCCCCCUAAGCCUUGUGUGAAAACAGCAGACAAAAUGGUGGAACAGGACGUGGUUGUCAGAGAGAGGAAGAAGGAAGAGUUCUUUGAGUUGUCUGUGUGCGUGAACAUCGUAUCCAGUCUAAAAGCGAUGAAGAUCCUUAAGAGAUUGGGAAGCCCGAAAGGUGCCUGGACCAAAGAUGCCAGAUCGGCAAAAGUCUAUGUCUUCAACGGGACAUCCGACAACGCGCUGUACGAGUUUAAAUCCGUGCGAGAGCUCUUGGCGUCACCGGGCUUAUCUAAAGGCAAGCAGAUCACCGUGCCCAUCGCUUGGAGCGGAACCGGUCAUGCGGUCUACGACGGCUUUCUCUAUUACGUCAGUGAAAGUUCAGAGCUCCAAGUUAUCAAGUAUGACCUCAAGAACGGUUUGGUUGCAGACGGCGCGGUUUUUCCCCUGAACGACCGCAGCCCGGUAUACCAGCUCAAUCCAGAGACGCUGGUGGACAUGGUGGCGGAUGAGGAUGGACUAUGGGCUCUGUACCCGGCUGGAGACACUAUUAAUCUUGCUAAGAUGGAUAUAGAUUCUCUGGAUAUAGAGCAGAUGUGGGACACAGGGUGUCCGAGGAAUAACGCUGAAGCUGCUUUUAUUGUCUGCGGCACGGUUUAUGUGGUUUACAACACCAAGCCCCCGAGCCGCUCGCGUGUGCAGUGUGUGUUUGACGUGAACGACAUGGUCAGCAGCGGAGAGGCCCCUUUGAUUUAUUUCCCAAGGCGCUACGGGGCCCAUUCUAGCCUCAAGUACAAUCCUGAGGAGAGGCAGAUCUAUGCUUGGGAUGAUGGCUACCAGAUUCUGUAUAAACUAGCGUUGAAGAAGAAGUUAUGGGCGAUUAUGCCACCACCUGAGGAAUAGUGGCCUUUUUUUUUAGCUCUUAAAGGGCUGUAUGUUCUUGGGUACAAAAAAUUUGUGCUUUUCCUAAAGGGAUCGAUGUGCCAUUAUUUACUCACCCUCAUUGUGAAGUCUGUAUGGAUUCAUUUGUUCUAAAGAAAACAUUUUGAUGCAGUGUGUAACACAGCUCUAAGUGAAUGAAAACAUCAAGCACAUUUUUAAAUCCGAACGUGCACAGUGUAUAAAGCCCCAAGCCAUUUCAUGUUAAUGAAAAGAUAGCAUAUUGCCCACUCAUUUGUUGCUCUUUUCCUGUUGGUUCUGAAUGAAAAUGAAAACUCAUUCUUUGCCACUUGGGGCCACAUUUGAAGCUUUAAAAGCUCACACAAACCCUGCUUUAAAUUAAAUCGACCUAUCACCGGAGAGGUUGGGAAAAAUGUUUCGUUUGGGAGUUGUUGAUCAAAUAAGAUAAAAAUAAAUGCAUAUUAUGGAAACGAGGAAA